CCCAGUGAGAACCACCAAGCGACUGCUUCCGAGUGAGACAGUUAAAAUCUCCCACAGUCUAACAGUCGCAGCCUGACAGCUCUGGUGCUGCUUGUGCAUUUCAACAUCCCCUUCCUUCCUAAAAAGAAGUGCCCUGUUGUAUCAUCUGUGGGGUUGUUGCUUGUUGUUCUUUUUGUUGUUGUUUUUUGCAGCAUCAAGGCUGCUUGUUAUUUAAAUAGCCCAGUGUGGAUAUCACCAUUUUUUUCCCAAUGUGAUAAAUUUUAUUGAUCGAACACCACCACCAAAUAGAUCUGAUUGCAAGGACUGGUAACGUCAGCAUAGCUUAGAGACCCUCCUCCAACUCAGAUUAAAGAGAGAAGAGACUCAACAGUGGAAGGCAGCAAGUGCUGGAGAAAACAGCAAGAUCCCCUGUCUUCUGCAGGGGUGAUGGGGAUGCAUGCGAUGACCAGACUCCAGCUGGACUGGGCUAGAAAACAGACUCAUUAUCAGUGAAUUCGCUGGUGGGGAAAAGAUUCUGGAAGCCCCUUGACCUGGAGGAACACAGUAACUAAAAACUAAAAUGCUCCCGCUCUCUGGUGUGGAAAAGUAAGCGGCUGCCUGUGUAAGUAAAGACAAGAGAACUUCCCAUGAAUCCUCAGCCUGUUGUAAAUAGUUUGCUGGGCACAAAACUUGCCCCGUCUGCCGUGUUUUGCUUUCGACUAACCCAAGAGGGAUCUUUGCUCCAGCCAAUUCAUCCGGAACUGCCUGACUUUUCUAGCACCGCAAAGCUCCCACUCAGAUUGAUGUGCAUAAGACUGAAGAGCUCUUGUGUGUUUUAUUUCCCUCUCUCGUUUGGUUUCACCAGCAGCGGGAUGGUUGAAUGGCAUUUUUUUCCACUGCAGAGUUAAAAUUUUGAACUUUUACAAGGGAACUAGACAUCCAAUUCCUGCCACGGUUCCCACCUCCCUUCGGAAAAUAACCAGUGUCCAGCUGAAAUGUGAGCCUCUUUUCACCAUCAGUGUGGUGCUCUCCCUGUCAAGCUGUAAAGAUCUGCAAUGAAAUCUGAAUACAGUUCGUUAUCCCUGAAAGCAGGCAUGGAAAAUAAUUUCAGGGUAAGCUAUGUGAAUACCACCUACAAUGAUACAAGCGAUGGCAGGUACUUGGACAAUGGCACGAGGUCCAACUUCACCUUCCAUGAACAGUCUCCUGACUUCUACGUGGUCCUCCCAGUGAUUUACUCUGUGAUCUGUGCAGUGGGGCUCACAGGCAAUACCGCUGUCAUCUACGUGAUCCUCAAGGCCCCUAAGAUGAAGACAGUGACCAACAUGUUCAUCCUGAACCUAGCUAUAGCUGAUGACUUGUUCACUUUGGUUCUUCCCAUUAACAUUGCUGAGCAUCUCUUGCACUACUGGCCCUUUGGAGAAAUCCUCUGCAAGAUCAUCCUGUCCAUAGACCACUACAACAUCUUCUCUAGCAUCUAUUUCCUCACGGUGAUGAGCAUAGACAGGUACCUGGUUGUCCUGGCCACUGUCCGGUCCAAAAGGAUGCCCCAUCGUACCUACCGCGCAGCCAGAAUUGUCAGUCUAUGCAUCUGGGCCCUGGUCACCAUCAUAGUUCUCCCUUUCAUCAUCUUUGCCAACGUCUACGUAGAUGGCCUGGAGAUCAAGAGCUGUGGUCUAAAUUUCCCCAAACCUGAGAGGUUUUGGUUCAAGGCCAGCAGAAUCUAUACUCUAAUCCUUGGCUUUGCCAUUCCUGUAUCCACCAUCUGCAUUCUCUAUACCAUGAUGCUGUAUAAACUGAGGAACAUGCACUUGAAUUCAAAUGCUAAAGCCCUGGACAAAGCCAAGAAGAAGGUCACCAUUAUGGUCUUCAUCGUCCUGGCUGUGUGCCUCUUCUGCUGGACCCCUUUCCACCUGGCCACCAUCGUGGCUUUGACCACUGACUUAGCGCAGACCUCUGUGGUCAUAGGUAUCUCCUACUUCAUCACCAGUUUGAGCUAUGCCAAUUCAUGCUUGAAUCCUUUCUUGUAUGCUUUCUUGGAUGACAGUUUUCGGAAAAGUUUCAGAAAGAUGCUGGAAUGCAGAGCUGCUUAAAAGAUGGACCAUGCCUCUCUAUUCCCUUCCCUCUCAUGGCUUUGCAGGGGCAACCUUACAAACUUUUCAGUGUAUGACUGAGGAACAGACGAGCUUUAUGCUUUCUGUUUAACUAGGCUUCUCGUUUAUUUAAUUAUAUGUAUGUGUGUAUGUAUGUAUGUGUUUCUUUUGCAUUUUUCACAAUUCUAAUCAUAAAUCUUUCAUGUUCCUUGUAUGAAUCUCACAAUCACUUAAAGUUGCGGGGUUGGUUUGUUGUUUUUUUGCUUGAUUGUGUCUUGUUUAGGGGGAAAAUCCUGAAAUAUUAAAGAAUGACAACCUUUUCAUAAAGUGUAUUCUUGUCCUCUCAUGGUCUUGCAUUGCCACCUGCUGUACAAUUACAGAACUGGGUCUCUUAAAGGGUUGACGCUAUAAUGCUACUGGAAGAGACCAGCCUUUUAAAGAUGGAUGUAACUAAGUUAUUAAUCUAUAUGUUGUGUGCAGAAUUGUUAUAAUGGAGCAGGUUGAGCUACCAGAUACAGUUAUACAUUGUAAAAAUGGAUUUUAAUGAUGAGAUAAAAUGGUGCAUUUGAGAAAAAAAUUGCAUCCCGGUCUGUGUGCGUAUGUGUCUUGGAUAUAGUUUGAUUUCUGACGGGAGUCUGUUUUCCCCCAAGAUUUCUCCUUUCCUGAAUUGCUACCGUGAUUCACAUUGAAACCAAAAUUUUAAAAAGCGUCUGAAAGUUACACUAUCCAAACAAGACGAUAUACAAAUAUUGUGGUGAUUGUAGAAAAAAUAUUUUUUGUAUUAUCAAUGCCAAGAUUUUACUUUUCAUUUUUUAAUGUUUAAAAAGACAGAGACUUUAAAGUGUUUGAUGAAA